AUGUCAACGCUUUACGACAAGGUCUUCAAAGAUCACAUUGUGCACCAGGAUGAUUCUGGCUCUUGUUUGAUCUACAUCGACAGACAUUUAGUUCACGAGGUGACUUCUCCACAGGCUUUUGAGGGCUUGAAGACUGCCAGCAGAACUGUGAGAAGACCAGAUUGCACUCUUGUCACGGUUGACCACAACAUUCCAACAAUUUCAAGAGUAAACUUUAAAAAUGUGAGUACCUUCAUCGACCAGGAAGAUUCAAGACUUCAAGUUGAAACCUUAGAACAAAACAUCAAGGACUUCAAUUUAGCGUAUUUCGGUAUGACUGACGACAGGCAAGGUAUUGUCCACGUGGUGGGUCCAGAACAAGGGUUCACUCUUCCAGGUACUACUGUUGUAUGUGGUGAUUCCCACACCUCCACCCACGGUGCAUUCGGUGCAUUAGCCUUUGGUAUUGGUACCUCCGAAGUCGAACACGUUUUGGCAACACAGACUCUCAUCCAAGCAAAAUCGAAAAACAUGCUUAUUAGAAUUGAUGGUGAACUCAUGCCAGGGGUGACGUCCAAGGAUUUGGUGCUCCAUGUCAUUGGUGUCAUUGGUACUGCUGGUGGUACAGGUUGUGUCAUUGAAUUUGCUGGUAAGGCUAUCCGUGACUUGAGUAUGGAAGCUAGAAUGUCCAUCUGUAAUAUGGCUAUUGAAGCUGGUGCAAGAGCAGGUAUGAUUGCCCCAGAUCAAAUUACAUUCGAUUACAUAAAGGGAAGGCCAUUGGCUCCAAAAGAUGCAGAAUGGGACAAAGCCAUCAACUACUGGAGCUCAUUAUAUUCAGAUGAAGAUGCGAAGUUUGACAAGGAGGUAAUCAUUCAGGCAAAAGAUAUUGUUCCAACCAUUACUUGGGGUAACUCUCCUCAGGAUGCUCUUCCAAUCACAGGCAAGAUUCCAGAUCCAAAGGAUUUCACGGAUCCAAUAGCUAAAAGUGGUAUUGAAGCUGCUCUCAACUACAUGGGUUUGACCCCAAAUACCCCAUUACAAGAUAUCAAAAUUGACAAAGUUUUCAUCGGUUCAUGUACAAACUCUCGUAUUGAAGAUUUGAGAGAGGCUGCUAAAGUUGUAGUAGGUCAUAAGAAGGCAGAGAACAUCAAAUUGGCUCUAGUCGUCCCAGGUUCAGGUUUGGUGAAAAAGCAAGCUGAGACUGAAGGUUUGGAUAAGAUUUUCGAGGCUGCAGGCUUCGAAUGGAGAGAAGCAGGUUGUUCAAUGUGCUUAGGUAUGAACCCCGAUAUCCUUGAUCCAUAUGAGAGAUGUGCUUCUACCUCCAAUAGAAACUUCCGUGGUAGACAAGGUGCCCUUUCGAGAACUCAUUUGAUGUCCCCUGCUAUGGCUGCAGCCGCAGGUAUUAUUGGUCACUUCACAGAUAUCAGAAACUUCCCAUACAAAGAAUCUAAAGAUUCUCCAAAGAUCCAGUUAGGUGGUGAGGAAGAUAAAGAACUUCAGGAUGCUGUUUAUGCACAUGAGAAAGCACCAAUCCCAGCCAAGGAAACAGAAUCUGAAAAACUUGCAGAUGAGAUCGAUGAUAUCCCUCCAAACUCUCAAUCCGCUAGUAAGGAAAAGCCAGCUGCAGUAGCAGCUUCUAUGGAGAAAUUCACUAUUUUGACUUCUGUUGCUGCACCAAUGGAGAAAGCAAACAUUGACACAGAUGCUAUUAUUCCAAAACAAUUUUUGAAAACUAUCAAGAGAACUGGCUUAAGCAAAGGUCUUUUUUACGAUGCUAGAUUCACAAAAGGCUCAGAUGGUAAGGAUGUUCCAACCGAUUUUGUUUUGAACGUCGAGCCAUAUAACAAGGCAAAUAUCAUCUGCUGUACAGGUGACAAUUUUGGUUGUGGGUCUUCCAGAGAGCACGCUCCAUGGGCAUUAAAAGAUUUUGGUAUCAAAUCCAUUAUUGCUCCUUCCUUCGGUGACAUUUUCUACAACAAUUCUUUCAAGAAUGGUUUACUGCCAAUCAGACUUCCACAAGAAGUGAUCAAGGAAAAGAUCUACCCAAUUGCAAAAGCUGGAAAGCAAAUCACUGUUGAUCUAGUUGAACAACAAAUUAGGGGCCCAGAUGGUGAUAUUUUGGUAGAGAACUUCGAGGUAGAACCUUUCAGAAAGCAUUGUUUAGUUAACGGACUGGAUGAUAUUGGAAUCACUUUAACCAAAUCCAAAUAUAUUGAUGAAUAUGAGGCAAAGCGGAAAAAUGUCUUUUCAUUUAUCGAACCAGGCUGUUCUGUCGUUAUUCCUGUCAAGGGUACUAAGAAGUCCCCUUAUGGUAACACUGCCCAAGAGUGGUAA